AGCUUUCUGGUGUUAUUGGUUUACUUGUUAUUGGUUUUUGACUUUUAAGGUGUUUCUGCUUCUGGGUUUGACUCAAAGAGUUAGAGAGAGAGAGAAUGAUGCAUCAAAAACAAGACUUGUGCUUGCUUUGAUUAUUGCUUCUGUGAUUAAGUUUAUGGGAAUGGGUGUCUCUAUCUGGGUUUUGAGUUUUGAAUAAGAUGGAUUAUGUUGUUCAUUGGUUCUAGAUGGUUUGCUUGUAUUGGGGUAUGACUAUGAUUUGAGGUGUGGAUUGGGUUUUGGUUUGAAGGAGCCUGCGGGAUUUGAUUAGAUUGUGUUUGUGGUCAUUUUGUUAAUCAAGUCAUGAUCAAGCAGAUACUUGGUAGGCUUCCAAGGAAGCCCUCAAAGUCAGCUGACAAUCGUGAAUACGGGGGUGCGUCUGCAUCUUCAUUGAAUGCUUCAAUCAGUUCAAGAAAGAGUGACUUAGCUAGUGAUAGGCCAAUAAACGCGAACAGCGUACCUGUUUUGGACCUUGAUGGUGCUUCGCGUUUGGCCAAUCGUGGUGGAAGUAAGCUCCCCCAAGUUGUAAAUUCGAAGCUGAAUGGUAAUUCUGUUGCUGCUUCUUAUGAAGCGUUGCCAGCAUUUAGGGAUGUGCCAGGCUCUGAGAAGCAGAUCUUGUUUAUCAAGAAGCUGAACUUGUGUAGCGUUGUGUUUGACUUCACUGACCCAGCAAAGCAUCUGAAGGAAAAAGACAUCAAACGUCAGACAUUGCUUGAGCUGGUGGAUCAUGUUAGUUCUGCCAGUGGAAAAUUUAAUGAAACUAUCAUUCAAGAGGCUAUAAAGAUGGUGAGUGUGAAUUUGUUCAGGUCACUCUCUCCACAACCCCGUGAAAACAAGGUUUUGGAAUCUUUUGAUAUGGAGGAUGAUGAGCCUUUGAUGGACCCUGCAUGGCCACACUUACAAAUUGUGUACGAAUUUUUUCUCAGGUUUGUUGCAUCUCCUGAGACAGAUGCAAAAUUGGCUAAGAGGUACAUUGAUCAGUCCUUUGUUCUCAAGUUGUUGGAUCUCUUUGAUUCCGAGGAUCCUAGGGAGAGGGAGUAUCUGAAAACAAUUCUGCAUCGUAUCUAUGGAAAGUUUAUGGUGCAUCGCCCAUUCAUAAGGAAGGGAAUAAACAACAUAUUUUUCCGUUUCAUUUUUGAAACAGAAAAGCAUAAUGGGAUUGCUGAGAUGUUAGAGGUUUUGGGCAGUAUAAUCAAUGGAUUUGCUCUUCCACUUAAAGAAGAGCACAAACUCUUUCUAACUCGGGCUCUGAUCCCCCUUCACAAACCUAAAUGCUUAUCAAUGUACCAUCAGCAGUUGUCAUACUGCAUUACUCAGUUUGUAGAGAAAGAUUGCAAACUGACGGAUACUGUUAUAAGAGGCUUGUUAAAGUAUUGGCCGAUCACUAGUAGUUCAAAGGAAGUCAUGUUCCUAAGCGAGCUGGAGGAAAUCUUAGAAGCAACCCAGCCUGCAGAAUUUCAAAGGUGUAUGGUUCCUCUCUUCCGCCAAAUAGCUCGUUGCUUGAGCAGUUCACACUUUCAGGUGGCAGAGAGGGCUUUGUUCUUAUGGAACAAUGAACAUAUUGAGAACUUAAUCAAACAAAACCGUAAUGUCAUACUGCCCAUUAUCUUUCCUGCUUUGGAGAAGAAUGGGCGAAGCCACUGGAAUCAAGCAGUCCACAGCUUGUCGCUGAACAUCCGGAAAAUCUUCUCUGAUGCUGAUCCUGAGCUAGUUGAGGAGUGUUUGCUCAAAUUUCAGGAAGAUGAAGCGAAAAUGGAAGAGAUUAAAAGAAAACAAGAAACCACCUGGAAGCGCUUAGAAGAGAUUGCUGCUUCCAAAGCUGUUAGUGGGAAGCAGUGCCCUGCCUGAACCCUGUUUAAACAUCAAUGAAAUAGAGCCAUAAAUUCCUGUAGACUUGUAGCAUGGCGCUCUGAUACCUCUUUCUCACUGCUGAUUUUAAUUGUUUGGGAGGGGUAUCAUGUGGUUGGGUCAAACACCAAUUGAUGGGUCCAUAAUCUUAUCUGUUCAUCAAUCCCUCUACUUUCGGGCUUGCACCCUCACCUUCAGGAGACACUGUAGACAGCAUUGAAGUUUGUGAUUUUGGAGUUGCACAGAUACUGUAUGCAAGAUACCACAGAACAGGAGUUACAAGCUGCAUUACACAUUCAGGAUGGUGAACAUAGUGCUAUAGUUGAUGGUUGUAAAGGUUAACAUGAAGAAGCCACUAAAUAUAGGUAAUUCUAUUCACUCGGAGUUUUAUUUAAUCGGUUCAAAGUACUUGUUGAAAAUGUUUUGUGUCAUUUCAUUAUGCAUUUGUAUCAUAAUAU